AUGACGGGGAAGGUUCCCUCGUUCUCCCCCGGUUCCACAGUGAGCUCCGCUCUGCCCAGCUACGUCGCUCUCUGCCUCGCUCUACAGGUUCACAGGCUGGCGUCAGCACAGUUCACAGUGGCUGGACCUGACCAUCCAGUCAUUGCCUCCCUAGGUGGGGAGGCCAUCCUGCCCUGCCACCUCUCCCCCAGGAUGAGCGCUGAGAACAUGGAGGUGAGAUGGUUCCGAUCCCAGUUCUCUGCAGUCGUGCACCUGUACCAUGAUGGGCAGGAUCAGUACGGAGAGCAGAUGCCGGAAUAUCGAGCAAGAACUGAGCUCUUAAGAGACCACAUCACCAAUGGGAGUGUUUCCCUGAGAAUACGCAAUGUGCGACUCUCUGACAAUGGACAGUACAAGUGUUUUUUUCUGUCCAGUGUCUCUUAUGAAGAAGCUAUAUUGGAACUACAGGUAGCAGGUUUGGGCUCUGCUCCUGCCAUCUCUGUGGAGGGACAUCAGGAUGGAGGGAUCCGGGUUGUGUGUCGAUCAGCCGGAUGGUACCCACAGCCCGAGGCUCAGUGGAGAGAUCUCCAGGGGCAGCUCUUACCAUCAGCCUCUGAAAAAAUAUCUCAAGAGGCCAAUGACCUGUUUCAAACAGAGAUUGCCAUUGUUAUACCAGAAGAGUCCAACCAGAAAGUGUCCUGCUGUGUCAGGAACCUCCUUCUCAACCAGGAGAGAGAGUCAGAGAUUUCCAUAGCAGAGCUGUUUUUCCCGCGAGUCAAUCCCUGGAUGGUGGCUCUGGGUGUGAUCCUGGUUCUCCUGGCUGUUCUCAUUCCCCUGGCCAGUUACUGCUUCUGGAGGCAGCACAGAGCAAAAGACAAACUCCAGGCUGAGCUCAGGUGGAGACGCGCCCAGAUCUACGCAGUGGACGUGACUCUGGAUCCAGACACAGCAAAUCCCUACCUCGUCCUGUCUGAGGAUCGGAAAAGUGUGAGACGCGGAGACACACGCCAGGAUCUGCCUGACAACCCUGAGAGAUUUGAUACGUACCCUGAAGUUCUGGGCACUGAGGGGUUCGCGGGUGGGAGGCGUUACUGGGAGGUGGAGGUGGGAGAUAAGAUUGAGUGGGACCUGGGGGUUUGUAGGGAAUCUGUGAGCAGGAAGGGGCAGGUCACAGCCACACCUCAGGAUGGAUUCUGGAUCAUGGGGCUGUACGAUGGGGAAUACAAGGCCUUCACCUCCCCACCGACUCCUCUCCCCGUGAGCAUCAGGCCCAGCCGGGUGGGGAUUUUCCUGGACUAUGAGGCGGGCGAGGUCUCGUUUUACAAUGUGACUGACAGAUCCCAUCUCUUCACUUUCAAUCGCACCUUCUCCGGGAUGCUCCGCCCUUAUUUCUGUCCUAGUUUCAACGCUGGGGGUAAAAACGCAUCUCCCCUGAUAAUCUGCCCAGUCCCAGAUCAGGCCAGAGGGAAUCUCUGUCCCUGA